AUGUCCUCGACCAUGUCCGCGAGAAGGGUGCCGCUCUCGUCCAAUCCCAAUGCCGCCAACUCGCCUCUGCGGACGGCCGCCGGCUCGGCUGCAGCUGCUGCCUUUGCCAAGCAGAAACGGUCUCACGCGAGCAUGCAACGCGAAGAGAACUACGGCCAUCCGCCACCCGCGAAGAAGCAGAUGCUAGAUGCUAUUGUUACAACUGCCCGGGCCAUCACCCUGCGCUCUCCCACGGUCAAGCGGGCCCAGACCAGCCAGCGUGGUGUCUCGUCCCGCAUCUAUCAGGUCGACCGGGUCUCGUCUCACCAUCACCACCAUCACCACCAGCAGGAGGAGAUUCAGAAGGUCUCCGAGAAAGAGGCCGAGGCGGUUCGCCGGUGGCAGCAGAGCCAGCGUCUACGGUUCCCUAAGCUGGUCUUCUACUUUGACAGUCUGCCCGAAGACCAGACCACCCGGUUGUCCAAGCAGAUUGCACACCUAGGAGCUAGAGAGGACAAAUUUUUCUCUAUCGACAUAACCCACGUUGUCACGACGCGUUCCAUUCCGCCGGAAGAGAAGCCUUUGACCAAGCAGCAGCAGCAGCAGCAGCACAGGAAGGAAAUCAGUGCACACCACGCACCCGACGUUGCGCACGAACAUCUGCAGACGAUCAACCCGUCUCUGCUAAGCCGAAACAGCCUCGACUCUGGCGUGCUGUCGACGUCUCUUCCCGUGAAGCGAAAGCUCUUUGAGACUGCGACUACACGGCGAAUGCCACUGACACCAUUCGGCGUCGUUGAAGAUGUCAUCCGAAAGCCAAAACCAGCGCGCAGCACCGACAUUCUGCAGCGGGCUCGGGAUAUGGGCAUGAAGAUAUGGUCUUUGGACAAGCUACAGAGGGUAUUAGACGCUCUGCUCGAGCCGGAUCCAUACCGCAGUGCUGAGCUUGGCCAGCGAACGAGGAGCACAACCAGCCACGCGGUAGGAUCCCGUGUCGCCGGUGAUCAGGUGCUCCUGCAAAUGCUCGACAAGGAGCGCCACAGCGGGCCGUCAGAUCGGGAUCCAACCGUGGCCACGCGUGAGCUGAUCUACUUCAAAGGACCGUACAUUUACGUGUACGACAUUGAGGAGAAGCAGAGGCCCAUGAUGGUUCGUGAGUACACCAAGGUUGCCGAUAAGGAAGAGGGUGAUUGGCCCCAACUGCGGCCCAGCGGCGGGUCGCGUUGUCCAUUCAUCGAAGACACCGACCAGCUGGAGCUGCGUGCCGAGAAGCGCAGAGUGAAGAUGCGGAUGACUGCAGUUGCUGCUAAAGAGGCUGCGUCAGCGGCAGCAGGUACUGGGGCUGUCGCCGUUGCCGGCAGCGCCUCUACCGGCUCGUCGCUGCAGAAGACACUCGCGAGCAGAUAUGCGGCGGCCGCUGCGGCGAAGCCUGUUGGCCGUAAGCGCACUCUGACAGAGAUGCAGGAUGCCCAGAGUCGUCGUGGUGCUGGGCCGGUUGAGGGUGUCUUUGGAAGUGCUGCCGCGGCUGCGUCUGCGGCUGCGGCUGCGUCUGCGUCUGCAGCUGCGUCUGUCGGCUCGGUUUCGUCAUCGGCAGUGACUGGGGUCCCCACAGCUGUGGCCAUGGACUUCCAAAAUGCGUUUACGAGCCGUGCCAAGUCAGCGCGGUGCUUCGCCGGCGAGCCGGUGGCUUCCGGGCUGCAAGCGGCGGGCAUCACGUCUGCGAUCCGCUCGCAGAUGAUCUCGUCGGCAACUGGGACACUGGGUGCUCGUGCCGGCACGAGCAAAGAGAUUCACGGGCUGCAGCGCAAGGUGCUGCAGAAGUCGACGACCGCGCCGACAUCGCAGCAGGACCUCAGCUCGCGACGUCUUGCGGAGAUAACCGUGGAUCAGCAGAACCAGCAGAACCAGCAGAACCAGAGCCAGCAGCAGCAGCAGGUCGGAUGCAGCCGGUCCACCAGCGUGAGCCGUUCGACGGCCGCCCACCUGGGUGCAAAGAACGCCGGACACGACGACUGCACGUCGAACGUGGACGAGAAGCAGCAGAAGCGGGUGGUGAGUGCUCCCGUUACGGUGCAGGCGCCACGGCAGAAGAAACGCGACCCCAAGCCGGGAUACUGCGAGAACUGCCAGGACAAAUUUGAUGACUUUGAAGACCACAUCAUGUCCCACAAGCACCGGAAGUUUGCCGAUGACGACCGGAACUGGACGGACCUUGACGAUUUGUUGAAACAGCUGACGCGUUGCCCGAAGUACGGCUUUCAUCAGUGGCAGUGA